GAACAAACACCCUUCACCCUGUGCCGUCCGGAAACGUAUCUCCUGCUCGCUUCUCAGGACAUCAGAGAUAAGAUUUGACUGACAGGGACUCAAGCCUAGCAGCCUGCACAGAGAGGAGGCCUAUGCAACCAGACCAGGCACAAGCCUGAGGACAAACUAAACCGAAGACCUUCUUGUCACUGGACUGUUCUUAUGCAGAUGACUGCACCUUUAGUUUUGUACUGAAGAUCACCUCUCAGCGAUGGACCAUGCUCCAGACAGUCCACGCCUGCGCUCAGACAGCACGAGCAGCUCAGCGUCUCAGAGCUCCAGGUCCAAGGCGGUCCUCCGCCAGCGCCUGUCGCAGCUGAUGAGCUGCAUCGAAGACAUGAGCUCUGACGACGAGGCCGACGAAGAGGUGUCCCGCAGUCUGGACGAAGCCUUCCAGCUCUGUGGACGCCUCGUUCCCACAGACGCUUUCAGGCUGCAUGUCGUCACCUGGAACGUGGCCACGGCGGAGCCUCCAGGAGACGUCACCUCUCUGCUGCAGCUGGAUGUCCAACCCCCCACAGAUCUCUAUGUGAUAGGUCUGCAGGAAGUGAACGCCACCCCUUUGAGGUUCAUCUCAGACCUGAUAGCAGAGGACUCCUGGAGCCACCUCCUCAUGGACACACUGGCACCCAGAGGCUUUGUGAAGGUCACAUCAGUGAGGAUGCAGGGUUUGCUGCUGCUGCUUUUUGCCAAACACAUGCAUCUCCCCUACAUCAGAAACAUCCAGACCACCUACACUCGUACCGGCAUCUUUGGCUACUGGGGUAAUAAAGGUGCAGUUUCUGUGCGUUUUUCCUUCUUCGGCCACAUGAUGUGCUUCGUUAACUGCCACCUGGCAGCUCACAUGAGCAACGCCCUGCAGCGCGUUGAUGAGUUCGAGUACAUCUUGGAGACGCAGGACUUUGACAUCUUUGAUACCCCUCAUGUCCUGGACCACAAGGUGGUGUUCUGGUUUGGCGAUUUAAACUUCCGUAUCGACGACCACGGCUUGCAUUUUGUCCGCUCGUCCAUCAACAGUGGACGCUUUCAUUUGCUGUGGAGCAAGGACCAGCUCACCUUGGUGAAGAAGAAUGAACCCUUCCUGCAGGAAUUUGAGGAGGGGCCAUUAAAUUUUAAACCUUCAUAUAAGUUUGACCAUAAGUCUGAUGCCUAUGAUACAAGCUCUCCAAAGACAUGGUUGGGUUUUCAUGGCAAGAAGAGAAAACCAGCCUGGACAGAUCGGAUCCUCUGGCGGAUCAAACCUCUGCUGUCAGAGGAGGAAGAGGAGGAGGAAGAGGAGGAGGAUGAUAAGGCAUCAACCUCCACAGAACAGACACAGGAUGAAUAUCCAGUCCAGGUCACCCAGAACUCGUACUCCAGUGACAUGAGCUACAGAGUCAGCGAUCACAAGCCGGUUGUUGCAAACUUCACUCUGGAGCUGAGGAGAAGCUUCACUUCACCACUGGUGCACGUGUCUCCUGAGGGUGUAUGGAGCGCUGAGCAGGACGCACUUCUGACUUACACCGUCCAAGAGGACUUCAUGUCGUCCACGUGGGACUGGAUCGGUCUGUACAAGGUUGGGUUUAAGAGCCCGUCUGACUACGAAACCUUCGUUUGGGUCAGAGAGGAGGAGCUGCCGGAGGUUCAUGAAGUCAUCCAGAGAUCUGUGAACAAGGAUAAGGUCCCUCUGCUGGGAGGAGAACAUGUUCUGGGUUACUUCAGUGCCAACAUGAACAGCAUCGUCGGACUCAGCGAGAACUUUCAGAUUCUGGAGUCGAAACGUGCUGAGGGUCUGGAUCCUGAGGACAUCAACGGGAUCAACAAAUAAAACCUGAUUCAGACUUCUCCAGCUUACUGAGGACGCUGCGGUCCUCACACCUUCACUUCAUUUUACUGGAAACAACAAUCUGCUUUUGUUGAAUCUCUGAUCGACAUUAAGAAAAGUGUUUUUAUCCUGUAAAAGUGAUAAAUAAAUAUAAGAAAGGUGUAGAAAGAAAAGCAUUGUGAGGUUUUUAGCCACCGGAGAAGUAUUGUCACGCAGAAUUUAUUGAAUUAUUUCCAUUCUGUCGGGUUGUUCGUGUCAGAGUAUAAAAUAAUUAAUAUUAUUUACAUUGGUUUGUUUUUCACAUGUGGUCUUCAUGAAGAACAUCAGCACCAAACUGGACCAAGACAAGAAGGAUAUAAAACCAAUGAUUUGUCUGUGUAACAACAUAAGACAUAUCUUUCUCACGACUGUCAACAGAAUCAACAUUAAAAUACAUUUUAAAAUAUGUUCAUGUUGAAAGAUGAGAUUUAUUCAUGU